CACAACCACCAUGAACUCUUGCUCCUUCACUAUUUUCAUCUUUGCCGCCGUUAUCUCUAUCAGUUGUUUAACUUCAACUAGAGCUGCCACGUGCCAUCCCGAUGACGAAACGGGUCUUUUAGCUUUCAAAGCCGGUAUAACCCGAGAUCCUUUGGGCAUUCUCAGCACUUGGAAGAAAGGAACUGAAUGCUGCUCCUGGAUGGGUGUCAUUUGCAUCACCGGGGAUCGCGUCACCGAACUGCGAAUAUACGGAGGUGGCGGAGGCUCUCUCUGGGGAAAUAUCUCAAUGACGUUGGCAAGACUUGAGCACCUCGAGUCAGUUUCCUUCACCUAUCUCAAGAUCACUGGAUCUUUUCCUCAAUUCCUUUUCAAAUUACCAAACCUAAACCUAAUUCGCAUCUCUCAUACUCAUCUCUCUGGUCCCCUUCCUGCCAAUAUCGGCGCGCUAAGCCAAGUUGAAGAUGUAGCUCUGGAUAACAAUAGGUUCACUGGUCCGAUCCCGAGUUCGAUAUCAAAAUUGACUCGGUUAACUUGGCUCGAUCUAGGCGCCAACCGCCUCUCAGGAACCAUUCCAAAUAUUUUCAAAUCUAUGACGAAGCUUCUUGGUCUGGAUCUCUCCCGCAACAAAUUCUUUGGAAAACUUCCUACGUCGAUUGCAUCGCUUGCACCAACUGUCACGUUCCUUGAUCUGAGCCAGAACAAUCUUUCAGGGGCAAUUCCUAACUAUUUAUCGAAAUUUGGAGAGCUCUCCACAUUGGAUCUCUCGAGGAAUCGGUUCUCAGGGGCCGUGCCGAUUAGUUUCGCAAAUAUGACUAGUAUUUUCCAUCUCAAACUCUCCCACAAUCUUCUGACCGGUAGAUUCCCUGCCAUGAAGUUCGUCGACGGCAUUGGCUCUCUAGAUCUCUCCUACAACCAAUAUCAUUUCGAAAUGAUUCCAGAAUGGGUAACAUUGUCACCUGAAAUAUACAAUUUGAAGCUUGCUAAAUGUGGAAUCAAGAUGAGGUUCGAAGAUUGGAAGCCAGUGAGAACCGAAUCUAUGCAUUACGUCGACUUUUCAGAAAAUGAUAUCUCAGGGAGUCCAGCAAGUUUCCUGAACCACGCAGCAGCUUUGUUGGAGUUCAAGAUGUCAGGAAACAAACUUCGGUUUGACUUUGGGAAGGUAAAGUUCACCAAGUCGUUGAGAAGCUUGGAUCUGUCAAGAAACUUGAUAUAUGGAAAGGUGCCCGUUUCGGUGGCUGGGCUGCAAACACUCAACUUGAGUCAAAACCAUCUUUGUGGAAAGCUUCCAGCUACAAAGUUCUUGGCCAGCGUCUUUGGCGGCAACGAUUGUUUAUGCGGUUCUCCACUUUCUCCUUGUAAAGCUUAAUUAAUGAGCAAUAAAUAAUACUAUCUUAUAUAUGG